GCAUGUGAGGGAACGCCGUUUGGAUCCCUUUAAGACUCCACGUUUAGUCCAGCUCCAGCGCGUGUUGGUGAGGGUGUGGGCUGCCGUGCGCGACGACAGGACACGGUUCUGUGCUUGCUGCGGACCGACGGACGGACGCGCGCUGGGACCGGGCUGCAGGCUGCCUAUUAAUAAACUGAAGGGUGCACGCGCUGACGGACCUGGAUGAUUUAAUGUUCAGCUCCAUGGCGGAGGCUCCGCGCCCCGGGGGCGGCUCGCCCCCCAACGUCGACAUAGAUCCGGACUUCGAGCCCCAGAAGCGGCCGCGGUCCUGCACCUGGCCCCUGCCCCGUCCGGAGUCCGGUGGGGGGAAGCCCGGGGACACGGACGCGAUCCCCGAAGAGGAGGACGACGAGGGCGGGAGCGCGGACAGCGGCGGCGCGCAGGCGGCCGGCGGCUCCUCUGCGCGGACGGAGCCGUGCGUGUCCCAGCCCGUGGAGGUCCUGCGCGGACCCUGCAGGGAGGAGGCCUCCGACGGCUCCCCGUCCUCCUCCGCGCUGCCCCCCGGCGCGGCCCAGGGCGCCUCCGCCCCCCAGCAGCUGAGGAAGUCGUCCUCCCGCAGGAACGCGUGGGGCAACUACUCGUACGCGGACCUGAUCACGCAGGCCAUCGAGAGCUCCGCGGACCAGAGGCUGACCCUGUCCCAGAUCUACGACUGGAUGGUCCGGUCCGUGCCGUACUUCAAGGACAAAGGAGACAGCAACAGCUCUGCAGGCUGGAAGAACUCUAUCCGACACAAUCUGUCCCUCCAUAGUCGCUUUGUCAAAGUCCAAAAUGAAGGAACUGGGAAAAGCUCCUGGUGGAUGGUGAACCCAGACGGAGGUAAAGGCGGCAAAGCUCCCCGCAGACGAGCCGUUUCUAUGGACAACAGUAAGUACAUCAAGGGAGCCCGAGGACGGGCCACCAAGAAGAAAGCUGCCUCCCUACAGGCAGCACAAGACGGUAGCUCUGAGAGCACCUCAAGUCUGUCCAAGUGGACAGGAAGUCCCACGUCCCGCAGCAGCGACGAGCUGGACGCCUGGACAGAUUUCCGCUCCCGAACCAAUUCCAACGCCAGCACACUCAGUGGUCGUCUGUCUCCAAUUCUGGCCAACCUGGAGCUGGACGAGGUGCCUGAUGAUGACUCCCCCCUUUCCCCCAUGCUGUACUCUAGCCCCAGCAGCAUGUCCCCAUCCACAGGACCAACAGGACUCUCCGACCUGGCAGGGACUAUGAACCUCAACGACGGCCUGUCGGACAACCUGAUGGAUGACCUUUUAGACAAUAUCAGCCUGACGGCAUCUCAGCAGCCUCCCCCUGGAGAGGAAGACACUGGAGCCAACGGUCAGGGGGCCUCUGUGUUUACCUUCGGCUGCUCAGGCACUGGUCUGGGUAGUCCCUCUGGAAGCUAUGGGACAAAUCCUUUGUUCAGUCCUUCUUCUAUUACAAGUCUGCGCCAGUCUCCCAUGCAGACCAUCCAGGAGAACAAGCAGACCACAUUCACAAGCAUCUCACACUUCAGUGACCACCAGACCCUGCAAGAUCUGCUAAGCCUGGACUCCCACAGUCCCAACAAUGUCAUGCUCACUCAGUCUGACCCUCUGAUGUCACAGGCCAGCAACGCCAUCGCCCUGCAGAACUCUCGUCGAAACACAACGGUGCUCCGCAAGGACCACAUCCUGCUGAGUCCCAGCAGUUCAGACCUGGGACAAAGUUCUUCAGUGCCUGGUUGGCAAGCUGGCUUGUCAACCGCUAAGAACAACACAAGCCACUCCGGUGCCAAGCAGCCACAUCUCAAGUCUCCCAGCAAGAUCUCCUCUAUGCAGCUGAGCUCUGGUUUGUCAAGCCAGGACCGCUUUUCUGCUGAUCUGGACCUCGAUGUGUUCAACGGCAGUCUGGAGUGUGACAUGGACUGUAUGAUCCGUAACGAGCUGAUGGACGCAGACUGCCUGGACCUGAGCUUUGAUACCCGCCACACCUCGGCUCAGAACAGGAAUUCAGGAAGUUUCUCCAGCUCAAAACGGACAUCCCCUCAGACCCCUGAGAGCUGGGUGCCAAGCUGAGGCGCAGCGCCAGUGAAAGAGGAGCGUGUACACGUGUACACUGAAGAUCAGUCCUGUUGUGCAUCUACAGGGAAAAAUGUAUUUAUGUCAAAUUUUCAGUAGCAAAAGAUAAUACAGCCUGGUAUGUACCGGGUACAUAACUGAUGAUAUGUAACUAUGUACAUACCAAGUAUGGAAGUUAAAUGUGCACGUGGUAUGUAGUUAGAUGUUCACCAUGUACAGAAGUAGGCACUCGCCAUGUAUGUCCAGGUACGUAACGAGGCACACAUUGGGUACAUAGAAGUACAUUCACCAGGUACAUAGCUAGGCCCCCAGUGGGUACAAAGUUAGGCAGUUACCAUGUGUGUACCUAGUUAUGUAACCAGGUAUUCACCAGCACUUGCCUGUACAGAACUAGAUGCUCACUGGGUACCUACCUAGCUACUAACCUAGUACGCAGCCAGUCGGUAUGUGUCGGGCUGUAUUAUGAAUUGCUACCAAAUUUUCUUCCAUUAUUUAAUUGUGAAACAUUCAGUGCUGUAUUUUAGGUGUCUGAGACACUCGGAAGAGACAAACUGCUCCUUUGGGACGUUGAGGUGAACAGUACUGACUCGAAAGAAACUAAGGGAAAGCAUCAACUCUUUUUAUUCUCAGGGAAUUGCUCGUAUCACAGAGUGAUAAAUGAAACUGAAGAUGAAAUAUGCUUUCCACCUGCAUUCUCCUCUUUCACUCCCUUUCAUACGUAGACCAACUUUUUUUUUGUUGCCAAACCAGCUGUCAGCCUGUUGUUGGCUGAUGGCGUGUUUACAGAGAAGAAGCUUCAGAGAAUGUUCCGACGUUCCAUUCCAGUGGAGGAAACUUGAAAAUCUUUGUUUCUCAGCUUUCUGUGAGGGAAUUCGCCUACAUGGACUAAGAGGUUUCCAACAUUUGCCCGUUGAUGCGCAGAGUCCCACUAAAUAUCUGUCGUAGAGCUCAACAUGUUACCAAGACGUGAACUGAUCUGCAUCGUGUGGUUUUUGUACAUUUUUUAAACAAAUCUGUGAUUUUAGUGACAUUACUGUGAAUUCUGUUCCUCCUGAAGAGGUGCGUUACUGAUAUGUUUCGACUGCAGAUCACCGUACUCGAUCCUCACCCCUUCGGGAUUCCCGCACUAUUUAAGACACGAUUUAGCUCCACUUCCAUUAACAAACACUUAGGACCGUUCGGAUUAAGACGACCACUCUCUGAGACUUGAGGACACUCGGUUCCAGCACGUUGGUGUUUUAUCUGCAGGAGCUUUUGGUGCUAUUAAUAAGAAGAGGGCAGGGAGUGGCUGCUGAUGGAGUAGCAGCCGUAGAGCUGCUCCUUUAUCAGCGCUACAGCAGGUGCUCGGAAGAAGUGGUUUCAGCGCCGAGAGACGAGGGGGGAGGUGAGAUAUUGAAAAAUUCAUUUUGCCAAUAAAAAAAAAGAACCACAGUAUUUUAAAUAUUGCCAAAUUACUUCUGCAUUCACAUACAGUACGUUGAUAUACAAGAAAAUACAGUAGUCCGUAGAAGUAUAUUUAAAAAAGAAUAACUAUCUGCACAGUUUUGUAGGAGCAGCAGGAUAAAAAAACAAUUAGGUUUACUUUCUUUUAAUCACUGGAAGCAAAUCUUUUACUGGACUGAACCAGUUAAAAAUACUCUCACUUUGUUUCUGUUGAUCCUUGAAGACAAAAAUUAAUUUCUACAACCCUUCACAUUUAAAGUUUGUGGCCAGGUCAUAAAGCUCAAUCCAAACGGCCUUCGAUAUAAGAAAAAUAGGCACGGAUGAACUUGCUGGUACGUUUCUACGAUAAUUAACUGGCGUGAGCAAAAACGGCUCCUGGUUCGACUCGUCAGUCCCAGAAUUUUAGUGAAUUUCUGUCGAGCUUUUUAUGGUUUUUCACAAGCGGAGCCUUCAGAAUUCAAAAUGGGUUGAAUGGUUGGGUCACAAAAUGGUGUUCCUUGACCUUGGGAGUUCAGUUUCAAUGGUUUUGUUUGAUCUUUCUCUACCGUCCCCAUUAUCUAAUCCACCAGGGGCUGCAUUUCCCUUUGCGUCCAUGACUUGGGAGGUUGGCUACAGUCCAAUGAACCUCCUUAUACUAUUUAAAUUAUCUAAUUAAAUGUAAUGGUAUUGGCAGCUGUGGUCAGAGAAACAUGAGGCUUCUUGAUAUGACCUUUAUGUUGAACAUGGAGAUCUACGAUCUUCCUCGGACGGGUCUGCCGGCACACAAUAAUCGUACCAACAUUAUUGUUCCCUUUAAAUGGCCGACGAAAAGCUUGAAGGCACCUGUGAUAUUAACUGGUGUCAAAGCAUGACUACAAUGCAAAGAUUAAAAAGUACCAACAAGUUUGUCUGCGCCCGUACAUUCUGUAGGAUCGUGCUUCCAAAUAAAAUCUGGUACUUCUCACUUAUUUUCCUGCACUACUUUUAAUUUUCACUGCCAGAAGACACGCUUUAGUUGUUCCUUCUGCCCUUACAAAACAAAGGGGAGGGAGAAAAGAUGGCUCCUAUUUGCCACCGUCCGUUGUAUUCCCAUUUUAAUUUUUUGAGAGGAUGCAUGUAAAUAAAGG